CAAAUUGCUGUUUCAAAACAGCAGUCCAAUGGGGAAAAUGUCGUUCAUGAGCGGCGACCUCUUCACCAAAACCAGGAAGCUUGUGAAGGGCCUUGCCAUGGCCAAACCUCUCUGGCUCAAAGCCAUGGAAGAGGCUCCACCUGUGAUGUUUCCUCGUACCAAUGAUAAAUAUGAGAAAAUUACUCUCCCUGAGGAUGUUUACGUGAAGAAAUUCAAUCAGAUGUACCCUGAAGCUCUACAUGAAGAAGCUAUUAGAUUUAGUGGAUUUGAUCCCCCUCCAGCUCGAGUGUUUGGUUGGCGUGUGCUUGAGUUGAAACAACAGGGAGUCGGUGAGGAUGAAGCCACGGCUAUGGCUAGUAUGGAAUACAAGGCUGAAAAGAAAGCAAAGAAAGAAGCAUACAAAAGGCUGAAGCAAAUAGCACGCCUUCAAGGGAAGAAACCACCACCAAACCCCUACCCAAGUGCCGUAAAAGAGAUCCAAGCAGAGGAGAUGAAAUACGUGCGAGCUCGCUUCACUGAUUCAAAGAUUCUAGAGAUUGUGCAGAAGAUGAAAGAAGAGAAGAAGAAUGAAAGGGCAAUGCGUGGAUGGAGUGGUGGUGACAGGUCAAGAGCCAAUUGAGUCCUUAAUAUACUUAUCCCACUUGUGGAAGUGUUGGCUUUUGGUUAUUUUGAUAAAGAAUUCUUUCCCUUUUAUUUUUUACUCUAAUAAAUUUUCAUUUCCUUGGAACAAUAGGUAGAAUAUCAGGUCCUUGUACCAUUUUAUAUGUAAUGUAAUCAAUGUUCUCUUUGAUGGCGUUUGUGAGUUGGGAUCAAA